UACAAAAGGAUAGUGUGUAUGUGUAUAUAAAUGUUUGCAGUUCUCCUCUCCUGGCCAUUACAAAAUUUUUGAAUGCUUACAAAGCUUAAGCAUUCUAAAUCAUCUAUAAUGGAGAGGCAGGUUGCCAUCAUUGGAGCUGGCAUUAGUGGCCUAGCCGCGUGUAGGUAUUGCAAGGCAAAGGGUCUCAAUCCAAUCGUGUUCGAGUCUGAGAGCAGUGUUGGUGGCGUCUGGAGGAAGACCAUCAGGACUACCAAGCUUCAGACUCCUAAACACUUUUAUCAGUUUUCUGAUUUCCCUUGGCCAGCUUCAGUAACAGAGGACUUCCCUGCACAAUCCCAGGUGUUCGAAUAUCUUCAAUCCUAUGCCUCUCAUUUUGAUUUGUUACGACACAUCCGCUUUAGAAGUCAAGUUGUCAGCAUCAGGUAUGAUGGUCCACCUGAUGCAGAAAUGCAAGCAUGGUCACUCUGGGGUGGCACAAACGAUCAUUCCAACACUAAAGGGAAAUGGCAUGUAACGGUGAAGGAUCAGCAGGCACUCUUAACUGAGGUUUACCAAGUCAGCUUUGUGAUUCUUUGUUUUGGAAAAUUUAGCAACCUCCCCAACAUUCCAGAGUUUCCAAACGAUAAGGGUCCGGAGGUGUUUCAUGGCAAGGUAAUACACUCUGCAGAGUAUGCAUCCAUGGAUCACACAGCUGCAGCCAAUUUGAUCAGGGAUAAAAAAGUUGCUGUCGUAGGGUUUCAGAAGUCAGCAUUGGACAUUGCAAUGGAAUGUUCAAGUGUAAAUGGGCCAGAGCAUCCAUGUACAGUGGUGUAUAGGACUAAACAUUGGGGCAUUCCUUAUUUCCUACCAUUUGGAAUUCCUUUACUAUAUCCAUACCUUAAUCGCUUCUCAGAGUUGAUGGUUCAUAAGCCUGGUGAAAGUUUAGCACUCUCUCUCCUAGUGUCAAUUCUCACCCCUUUGAGGUGGGGAAUCUCUAAAUACAUAGAAAGAUACAUGACUUCCAAGUUCGGCCUGGCCAAGUUUGAUAUGGUUCCAGAACAUAGUUUCUUAAAGGAAAUCAAUUCUUGCAGCAUUGCCAUAUUGCCUGAGGAUUUCUACAACAGGGUUGAGAAGGGGGGCAUAAAACUUAAGAUGUCCCAGGCAUUUUGUUUCAGCGAGAAAGGCAUCUUGUUUGAUGAUGAAGUCGAAUCAGAAGAUGUAGAUAUGGUCAUACUAGCUACUGGCUUUAAGUAUUUUGAAAAGCUAAAGGAUAUUUUUGUGUCCCCAACAUUCCAAUCCCACAUAGCCAAUGCAUCUGGGCUUUACAGGAACUGCCUUCACCCCCGAGUUCCACAACUAGCUGUAAUCGGAUUUUCAGAAAGUAUUUCGAAUCUACACACCUCUGAAAUGAGCUGUAGAUGGCUAGCAGAACUUCUUGAUGGCACAUUCAGUCUACCAAGCAUUAAAGAGAUGGAGGACGAUGUUAAAGAAUGGGAUAAAUACAUGAAAAAAUACUGUGGCAGUUACUCUACCAAAUGGUGCAUUGGAGGCUUAAAGAUAUGGUACAACGACCAAUUGUGCAAAGACAUGGGAUGGAUUUCUAAAAGAAAAGGGGGAUUUUUUGCUGAACUAUUUGAACCUUACAGCCCGCUGGAUUAUAUUCGACCCUGACUUACACAAACCCAUUCUAUUAUAUAAUUGUUUGCACUGCUAUGUAGUGAAUCAUACAAUUUACCAAUGUUGCAAUUAUAUGAUUCAAAGCAGUCCCCAUCUUAGAAAAAUAUAUAUAUAUAUGAUGUUUAGCAGGCUUGGCAAUUUAGACAAAAUUGAACACAUUGCUACACAAAGCUCUGUUCAGCCACGUUAUUACUUAUCGUAUUUACAACUGAAUUUUAAACUGUCAA